GCCAUCUGCAACUUUCCUUUGCCUGCCGGCCCCCCCAGAAAAGUUAUCGAUAGCGUCCAGGGUCUGGUAGAGCAGAGAAAAAAAGUUUGGAUUUUCGACAGGCUGAGCGAGACAUUGCAACACACUCUCACUUGUGUCGCUCGCCCCAGAGCAAGGCAACAUGGACGUCCACCGCUGCCGAUUCGUUCCUUUCCCAGCCUCCCCUAUCAAUGCGGUCGCCUUCUCACACCCGUUGCUGUCUGCGAAAAGGCAGGAGGCUCGACUAGCCAUCGGUCGCGCAAAUGGCGACAUAGAGAUCUGGAACCCUUUGAAGGGGAGCUGGUUUCACGAGACCACAAUACAUGGUGGAAGCAACAGGAGUGUUGAUGCUCUGGUCUGGGUUACGGGCGAAGACGAGACGUUACCGGAUGGCAACGUCAUCCUGGGCAAGUCGAGACUGUUCAGCAUAGGCUACACGUCCACCAUCACCGAAUGGGAUCUGGAGAAAGGAAAGGCGAAGAAACAUGCCAGCGACGGACAGCACGGUGACAUAUGGUGUUUCGCCGCCCAACCUGCACCGACCAAGGAGUCUCACAAUGGCAUCACCUCCGUCAGCCAGCCCCAGAGGCUAGUCGCUGGUACCGUGGACGGCAGCAUUGCGCUGUACUCGAUUGACGAUGACGACCUUCAUUUCCAACGCCUAUUAGUCAAGACUGCCAAGAAGAACAUCAAGAUGGUCAGCAUUGCGUUCCAGUCGCGACAAGUCGCAGUGGUCGGCUGCUCAGACAGCUCCAUCCGUGUAUACGAUCUGAGGAGGGGAGAACUCCUGCGCAAGAUGACACUGGGCAAGGAUCUCACUGGCGGUUCUAAGGAGAUCAUUGUCUGGUCCGUCAAGUGCCUCAAGAACGGUGACAUUGUCUCCGGAGACUCAACUGGCCAGAUCUGCAUCUGGGACGGCAAGACCUAUACUCAAGCGCAGAGGAUCCAGGGCCACAAGUCCGAUGUUCUCAGCCUCGCCACUGGUGCAGAUGGGCAGACUAUCGUCAGCGGCGGGAUGGACCGGCGAACUGCCAUGUACCGCCCCAUAAAGAGCGAUCCUUCUCGCUGGCAAAAGGUUUUCCACAAGAAAUACCACAAGCACGAUGUCAAGACCAUGGCUUCAUUCGAGGGUCUUGGUAUGAGUGUCGUCGUGACUGCAGGUCCUGAUGCCACCCCCAUCGUCACUCCUCUGCGCCAGGCGGGCGUAGAGAACCAUCGAGCACUUCCACACCUACCACAGUCUGUACCUCUACAAACAGCAUCAUCAACCCGCUUGCUAGUCAGUUGGUGGGACCGCGAGAUUCAUUUCUGGAAAGUGCUGCGGUCGCACACGGGGCCGGCCGACAGCCUAAAACAAAAGAAAGACUUCCCGCAAAUUGGCAGAAUCCUCAUCCAGGGAGAGGCGAACAUUACUUCAUGUUCCAUCAGCAGAGACGGCUCAAUUCUUGUUGUGUCCACAGCCACAGCCAUCAAAGCUUUUCACCUCACAAUCCCCAAUCUUGACCUGGGUGAACAACUGAAGAUUCGCAAGAUGAGCAUCCCAUCCAUCAUUGAGAACGCAGGGGCCGCACAAGUUCAAAUCUCCCCGGAAGGUCAAUGGCUGGCCUGGACUGAGGAAGGCAGUCAGGUUCGCAUUGCGAAAAUAACACUGGAAGACUCGGGAUUCUCAAUACAGCAACAUCCCGCUAAGCUGACUCGAUUGCGAAGAGAUAUUCCUAAGCACGUACGAUUGGGCGGUCUGGGCAAUUACGAAAGACACAUCACCCACAUCACGUUUUCGCCAGACAGCAAGAUUCUUGCGACCGCCGACUUGGCGGGCUAUGUCGACACGUGGACACUGCGGGAAGACGGCGUGCAGAACGGCGCAGCAUCAGCAGAAGACGAUAGCGCAUCCUCUUCAGACGAGGAGGAUGCAUCACAAAGCGGGCCCUCAUGGGUUCGUAACCCCAAAGCCUCGCUUAUACCCAAACUGGCACAUGCGCCAGUAGCACUCUCUUUCUCUGACGAUAUCCUCGCGCCGAUACUCCGGGAUGAAGGCGAGGAAGGACCAGACGACUACAUACUCUUGGCUGUCACUGCAACAUCGCGCAUUUACACAUUCAAUCCUUUGGAGGGGUCUCUGACCAAGUGGUCACGAAGGAAUGCCGUGUGGAAGCUGCCCGAGGAGAUUCGUGCCACCCGAGACCUGAUCAAGGGUGUUGUGUGGGCAGGCUCCAGAAUCUGGAUGUACGGUGUCUCAUUCGUGUUCAUGAUCGACCUCUCGUCAGACUUCGCAGAGCAGGAGCCAGGGGCCUCGAAAAAGAAUCGGAAGCGCAAGCGAGGAGCAGACAGUGGUGCCGGGAGCAAGACGGAGACCGGAACACUUGCGCCACAACCUGUUCGCACGUUGGUGGCAGGAGACAACAAGGAAAGCCAGUGGGUGGAUGUGGAGAUGGCGGACGCCGAGCCACAGGCAGAUGGAACUGGGGACGAGGAUGAAAAUGACGAUGCGGAAGAGGAAGCAGCCGGCGGGGAACUAGAGAAGUUGCGCAAGCAAGAGCAGGCUGGUCGGUCAGAAGGAGAGGAAGUUUCACCGCCCGGUGCGGAGGAACAGCGCAAAAGCUGGUGGCACACCUACAAGUACCGGCCGAUACUUGGUAUUGCUCCACUGCAGAACGUGGGUGGAAGAGACAGGGCGAAUGGUGUCAACGGUAGCAGCAAGAAGGUGGGGAUACAGAAGGUCGAAGUCGUCCUCAUUGAGCGGCCAAAGGAGGACAUUGCUAUGCCAGAACGCUAUGUGGAGGACUAGUCGCGUACACAGUAAUGAUACACCAAGUCCAGACUGCCUCUUGUCAGGCAGAAAUUUGACAAACUAGAGGUCAUGCCGCGGGAGACUAUUUACGGGCAUUGUGUUAGACCGUAGAGGGAAAUGGAUAUGUCUGCACUUCCACUGUAGUUUCUUUUCUAACCCAUAUAUGUAUAUUAUUCUGGAUUGCAAAGCAAUACUAGUAGUACAAUAUACUCAGUCAUUAGA